AUGAGGACCGUCAUUAGCUGGCGAAUCUGCAUGGACUACAACAAACUUAAUGCAGCGACGAAGAAGGAUCAUUUCUCUUUGCCUUUCAUUGACCAGAUGCUAGAUCGCCUAGCAGGAAAUGAUUACUUCAGCUUUUUGGACAGAUGUGAAGAGACGAACCUUGUGCUGAACUGGGAGAAGUGCCACUUCAUGGUGAAUGAAGGUAUUGUGCUUAGGCACAAAGUCUCUAAGAACAUGCUAGAAGUGGAUAAGGCCAAGAUUGAGGCCAUCGAAAAGCUCUCACCUCCAGCAAAUGUUAAGGCUGUCAGGAGCUUCAUGGGGCAUGCAUGA